AUGGAGGACACGUCCCAAACUCAGAUCCCAAGAGUUCAACUGGGCAGCCAGGGAUUGAAGGUUUCUAGAUUGGGUUUUGGAUGUGGUGGAUUAUCAGGAAUAUACAACGCUCCUCUCUCCCAUGAAGCUGGAUGUUCAGUUAUUAAGGAAGCAUUUAGUAAGGGCAUCACCUUCUUUGAUACUUCAGAUAUUUAUGGUGAUAAUCAUGAUAAUGAAAUCAUGGUUGGAAAGGCUUUGAAACAGCUUCCUAGAGAAAAGGUUAAAUUAGCUACAAAAUUUGGCAUUAUCAGUUCCGGCGGUUUUCAAUUUGGGGUGAAUGGGACCCCAGAAUAUGUAAGAACAUGCUGUGAAGCUAGUCUUAAGCGGCUGGAUGUCAACUACAUUGAUCUGUACUAUCAGCACCGUAUUGAUGUUUCAGUGCCAAUUGAGGAUACUAUGGGGGAGCUUAAGAAGCUGGUAAAUGAAGGAAAGAUAAGAUACAUUGGUCUAUCAGAAGCAAGUGCAGACACAAUAAGCAGAGCCCAUGCUGUUCAUCCCAUCACUGCUGUACAAAUGGAAUAUUCUCUGUGGACUCGUGAAAUUGAAAACGAGAUCAUUCCCCUAUGCCGGAAGCUUGGAAUUGGGAUAGUAUCUUAUAGCCCACUUGGACGUGGGUUCUUUGGUGGGAAGGCAGUUUUGGAGAGCUUGCCUGCAGAUAGUUUGUUGUCUAUGCAUCCAAGAUUCAAUGGGGAGAAUUUGGAAAAGAAUAAACUUCUCUACAACAAACUUGCCAACCUUGCUGCAAAGCAUGCAUGCACUGCUCCACAAUUAGCUCUGGCAUGGCUUCUCCAUCAGGGCAGUCACAUAAUCCCAAUCCCUGGGACCACUAAGGUUAAAAACCUUGAUAUCAAUAUUGGGUCAUUGGAUGUGAAGCUUACAGAAGAGGAUUUGAAAGAAAUUUGUGAUGCUGUGCCCAUUGAUGAAGUUGGUGGGGAGCGAGAGUAUGAAGUUUUCUCAAAAUAUGUCUGGAAUUUUGCAAAUACCCCAUCAAAGUGA